GGGAGGGGCCUGCCGGUGGGAGGAGCCGCCGACAGCGGGCAAAGCAGCCUGAAGUUUGGGUAAUUUAGCCAGGCAAGCUGAGAGGAGUGGAGCGACAGAAGAUAUCUCGGGCAGGAUAUUGGCACAUUUGUUCAUUGAUUCUUUGUUGAAGAAAGCUGAAAAAGUGCAAUCCAAAAGAUGGGGAACCGGGUCGCCCGUGAAGACUACGAAUGGGUGUAUACGGACCAGCCGCAUGCCGACAGAAGAAAGGAGAUCCUGGGUGAGCUAGCUUAUCUGUUAGCAAGUUUGGAUAAAGCCAUCGUUAAGUUCUAGGUAACCAUCAAAGUGAAGUUGUGUGGCCAUAUCGAUGAUUGGAGUUGGUUAAAGGUGUCAUGGCGCAUUUAAGCUGCCUGUUGUAGUUCCUGGCUUGUUUGCCAGCCUCACGAAAGUGAAGCUAACGGUUCCUUAUCAUGUAUUUGCUGCUACGUGUAAGUACUAGCUGAUAGACUGGGGUUAUGUUAAACGACGAGGGAUGUUUGUUUUGAAACUGCUUACUUUGUAUGUCAAGUCCUUCAGGAAUCCUCGUUGCCUAAUGUCAUAUGUGUCGUAACUAGUCCCAGCUCGGCAGUUAAAUGUACCACAGAAACAGUAGCGUCAGUAUAACAGCAGUUAGUUAACACUGGUCCUGUCGCCACUCCCUGAAAAUGGUUACAAGUGACCGUUGAGCUCCCUGACGGUAAAGCUGUAACGGUUUAACAAGAGGACGCUCCACAUACACCCAGAAAACUCCAUAUCACUCAACUUUGAGUUUCUUUCUAAAUGUUCCUGACAAGAGAUGAAGCCUUAAAAGGCACAUUUUAACAAGCUACCGAGCAAAAUCACAUGACGCCAAAGAAAAGCCCAAAUCCUUCUUACACAACCUGAAAUUCUCACUUAGAUCAUUGACAUUCAUGUCGAUCCAAGGUUCUUAUUGCUUUUCCAAAUUACAGCCGAUUAAUCAACUUUCUUAAGAUUCACAGAAAUCAUCAUUUUAGUCUCAUAUUACCCAAAAUCUUAGAAACAGAUGAGAUAAAUGUUCAUACAAAAAAGACAAAAGUUGUUGAACAUUUACAAUCAAUUAAUUAGAAAAGAGACAUGUCAACGAAAAACAGAGAGGUGAUGUUGACUAGAGGGAUUUCUUCUUUCUUCUGGGAGGCACAAAAGGCAGCCUGUGUGUCCAAGUGCUCUUUACUGACAGUUAGGUGGUCUCACUCAGUGAUUUGGGACCAGGACUUGGUGUUUGAUGUUUUCUACAAAGCUUUCGAACCACUCCAGUCUUUUGACUUUGACUGAACAUGCACUCCAGUUAAUUGGUCAACACUUAGUACUGCCAUUGUGGUUAGAGUGAAACCAAAUCCAUGGACAGAGACACUCAUUCACAGCAGAGCAGUCUACUGGGCUAAAUUAUUCACCUUAGUGCUAACUGAAGGCAGCUGCAUCAGGAGACUCUCAGGCAUUGUUACUCUGCACAACAGGGAGUUUGUUUGCUUUUGUCAAACACAAUAGAGGGCAGAAUUGUGGUUAUUAAAGGUUCAAAAAGAGCACAAUAUUUAACAGUGUUUACAGGACCACGAUAAAUAUGUAUAACAUAUGUUCUCAAACAUGGGCAGCUGUGGCUUGGCGGUUGAGUAAGCUGUCUCCCAUUGGGUAUGUGGGUAGUAUGAUAAGAGCUUUGCAGACCACAUGUCAAACUGUCUUUAAGCAAGACACCAAACCCCAAACUCUUCCCAGGUGGCACAGCCCGUGGUGUAUCCCCAGGAUUAGUUAAUACUGGUGGGCACUUUUAUCGGCUUCCUCUGCUAUCAAAGUCUGAGUAGCUGGAUGUGACAUUGAGUAAGAAAUCAGUUGGAGUGGUUGAGGACUGCAAAAGCACUUACUAUUUACUGCUGUCAGCAGUAUCCUGAAAAAGGACAGAUAAUCAACUGCCCUGGGUGAGUGACUGAUUAUCAGUAUUCAUGGCAUAAUUAAUGACGCUCAUAUUUUUUAUAAUGAAACCAGCAUGCUGUGGCUUGUGCCACAGUUUAGUGAAUUUUUUUGUAGUGGUCUAAAAAUCAUAUUUGUAACAUAACUUUUCUCCUCAUGGCCAUAGCUGCAGCUGUGCAUUUCAAGGCUCAACAUAUCUUCAUUUGUUCCAAUAAUGUAUUACAACUUUAAAUUUCCUCACUUAAUUAGGAAUACCCAAAUAAUAAUACCAACAAUUGCACACAGACAGAUAAACCUGAAUGCACUUUUCCAGAUUCCUUUUCAGAUGUUAAAAAGGAAUACCAGAUACACAAAGAAACAGUUUUGUUAAAUCUAGACUCUGUUUAUUCUUCACAUUUUGAUUGCAACUGGCUGCACAUUACAUGUUCUUCACAUAUUCUACUGGCCUACUACAACAUAAAAAGCUCCAGUAUUUCAAUAGUUUGUUAUCCGUCUAAGUAUAUUAACAAACAUGAAACAAAAAUCUUUGUCAAACGGGAUUUCUUUACUCUACAAAAAGGGUUUUUACCUUACUCGGGUUUUUUUUUACCACAUAAUGUGCAUUUUGUUCAUUCAGCAGACAUGUAUGUUUGUUUAUUUUUUAAAACAGGAAAGUGCACAUCAGUCAACAUUUCCUUAGUACACUUCAACAUGAAUAUGCCAGAAUUAGCACAUUAGUUAAUUUUCAUCAGUUGUUCUUACAAAAAGCAGAAAACAGAUUUAAAGUAACCGAAAACUUCACAGCACAAUUCACAAGACAGUCAACAAAAACACAAAGUUUGACAAAUAAGAUGGACACAAUUUUUACACAACAAAUAACUCACAAACGGAAAGCUAUUUAAAAGUAGGACACACCAAAGCCCUCAGCAGUAAGCAGUGGCAGAGGAGGCGCACAUUAUAAAUAAUGACAGGGCUGGUUUGUUUUCGGACUGUGUUUAAGUUUCUUUUUAGAUUAGAUUGAAUUCAACUUUAUUUAAACUUUAUUUAAAUGUUACACAGUUAUUACUGACUCUGAUUUGUGCCCGUUAUGUGUUUCAUGAAUUUGCACCUCUGAUAGACACCAGCAUCUGACUGAACUCUGUUCUAUGCCUCUGUUGGCUGCUCUAGUUCAUUCUCUUGUAUUUAUCCUGUCGUCCUUUUUCUGAAUCAUUUAAUGGUAGGGGGGCAAGCCCAUUAAAAAUGUUUAAAAAGGACAAACUGAGUCAAAGUUUAAAAUACUAUACUCAUUAAUGAUAUUACAAUAAUGGAAAUGGAAUAGUUUCCUGUCUUGGAUUUUGACCGUCUUCUUGAAGAGCGAUAUGAUAGGUUUGUACUUGCUGUUUUAUGUGAUCAGGUUGUAUAACAGUACGUUAUAUGAGAGUAAAUCAUUAGUGAGAAAAGGUCGUUUAUGACGGUCUUAUAUGACUUAUAUUGCCACAUUGAACUUUAAGAUGUCAGAGAUUUUCUUAACAUGAUCUUUUUAAAAGUCAAAUUUCAGUCAUAAAUUAAACCCAAGAUUAGGCCUGUCACGAUAACAAAUUUUGCUGGACGAUAAUUGUGCUACAAAUUAUUGCCGAUAAACGAUAUUAUUGACACCGUUUUUUAAAUUAUAGAUAAUGAUAAUAUAUGGCAUAAUAAUGUGAGUACACCAUGUCAAAAGCAAUAAACUUUAAUUGCUCAAGAUUAAGAACUUUGAACUAGGAUGAACAAAUAUAAUAAACAAACAAGAAAACCAAAAAACAAUGAAAAUAAAAUGGACCCACAUUCUGUUUAAUAAAAAACUGCAUUCAAUUAAAAACCACAAUCACAACUACAAACAAUAAAAAAAUAGACCUUGUCUCUGGUACGGAACAAAAACUUCACUCCACACAUAACUAUUAAAACAAUAAAUAAAGUGGAGUCUCGAGUCUGUAAACAAAAUUGCACUAAAUAAUUAGCUUUGUGCGCUAUUCCUCAACAGGUCAACAAAGAACAUGCAUGCGCACCUCAAUCAGAAUCAUCCCCGCGGAUGAUUGUGCUUGAGGUGCGCAUGCAUGUUCGUCGUAGUCCCCUUCUUUGUCACCAAAACUUUCGAACAAAUGCGACAUAUCGUCCGUGUUCGUGGGCUCACCUCUUUCAUUUUAUUUGAAACCGAAAUGUUCCCACACUGGGGCUGUUGCGUUGGGCUUAAACACCAAAGCUGUCGUUUCAUCAUUCAUUGCGUUUGCUCCGCGCUGUGUCAGUAAGUCUGCGUGUGUGCCUGUGCGCGCCAGUCCCCCCCCGUCCCUGUGACAAAGAGACUGAAUGACUGACAGGAGGGUUCACUCACUGCGUUCAUUCCGCUAUAGAGCCAACGCACCCAGGUGUCGACAAAAAUGCGCAGAGUGAGACCUCUUCUCUCAUCCAGCGUGUUUGGUAGCGAGAGAGGAGGAAAACAAACGCACGUCAAUUAUCGAGGCUGGCAAAGUUAUCGACCUCGUUUUUAUUUAUCGAGCGAUAAGGCGAUUUAUUGAUUAUCGCGACAGGCCUACCCAAGAUAUUGUCAUUGUUCCACCACUUCCAUUGACCAGGACGGAUUGUUCCUGGCCUUCCGCUGCGAGGCAGGAGAAAAAUAUGCAUAUAGUUUUCUGAAAACUGCUGAAAACAAACAGCAUCAAACUUUUUGCCAACUGAUAGUUGUCGUGCACAACCACCACCAAGAUUUCCGUUAGAUACGGAGUAGUCAUACAAAGCGAAGUAGCAGCACUUCAUGACACACUUCUGUGUAAAACUAAGAGCAAGACACGUGUGACCAAACACCACGGUUGUGGCUCCUGCACAUGUUACAUGUUGAGGUCUUUGUCUGGAGUACAGUUAUUUUAAAUCAUCUUAAUGGAACUUCUGUCACUUGCUCCAAACUCCAAGGGCGAUCUAUGGUGUGUUACGCCGCUAGUGGACAAUCCAACUACCAUUUUUAACCUUAAAAUUGUCUGGCUGCCAGUUACAUGGAAGGAUCAUGGCUGCUUUGAAGGUCUAACUGAACUGAGAUGCCCUCCCGUGUUGACUGUGCUGUGUAUGUCAUGCUUUCAGUGAUUAUGAUAAGAAAGAUGUGAUAAGAGGAUUUACUACAUAACAUUCCUGUGUCCUCAUGCCUUCUCCAGCCAGAACAAUCAGAGCCAUAUCAUCUGUCAGCAAACACUGUGAAACAACAGAUUUACAAACUGCACACGCAUUGUUAAAACUGGUCACCAAUAUGGACUGAUAUUCUGGAUAGAAAGAAUAAGUUUUAAAUGAACUUGGGAAAUGCUUAAAGUAUAUUUAGUGUGCCUAAUCUCACAGUCUAACAUGACCUAUUACAUUGUAAUAUAAAACCAUAUCAGGGUGGGAGUUUGGAUUUGGUUUCAAUUGAUCUCAUUACUUUCACUGAUAAGAUACUAGAGUGUGACCCUAUAGCUACUGGAAACACACUGAUUACGGAAUCUCAUUUUAUCAAGGUCUGACCUGCUGAUUGUAAAACUGGCUGAUGAAAUCCUCUGUCUUUUAAAGAACUUUAAUGAUUUAACUUGAGUGAUCGUUUGAUAGAAAUUUCAAAAACAUUGACUGCUCCCACAGAAAACUGAAGAAUUUCAGUAUUCUUUUGUGCCACGCAAUGUUUGGCCGAAGUGUUGAGUAAAAAUCAAGCUUAAAAAAACAACAGUGCAUUAUCUUUCAUGCAUCAACAGCACAUUCUGAGGUUCAUAUAAUAGUUUUUUUACUCAAUAAGUGAAAGGAGUAUAGAGGGGAUUUCACCACCUCAUUAUCUCCAGCUGCAUUCUCCCCAACAAAUAACUUCUAUCAGUGUCUGUUUCAUUUGUUUAUUAUGUACAGUCUGUUUAACUGACUGCCAGUCUUCUUUGUCGCCUCAGUGAACCACAGUUGUGACUGCAAAGAGUUUUCUAAUUUUCUGUCCUUCAAAUAUCAUGAUUCACUCUUGUAUGAUAUUUCAAAGUACGCAGGUGAACAUUUUGAAUCCCUUGCUUAGUGCUGAGGUUUAGCUCUUUUAUAAUCAUAUCCAUCAAUAGGUGAACCUCUGGUCUAGUGAUGCACGAUAUGAAAAAUUUCAACCGAUACCGAUAACCGAUAAUUUUCUUCUUCUCAUGGCCGAUACCGAUAACCGAUAAAUUCAUAUUUUUACAUUUAUUAUAAUCUUCAUAUAAUCUGCAAUUUGAGCAGGAUGCAGCGAUUGAAAACUGAUGUUUUUGUUGCUCUGGCCUAUCUAGAACAACAAAAAAAAAUUUUUGGCUCUUCAAAUGUGGUCAUUUGCUAUAAAUAACAAUAACAGAGCAAAAAGCAGAGCUUCAUUUGAUCCCCUGAACUGUUCAACAGAACUGUAGACUGUAAAGGAGCUAUUAUGAGACGUUAGGCUUAGCAUGCUGACCGGACUAACAUCUGACGUCCAUAUGUCUGUGGUAAAACUCACGUGUAGUCCGUUCUUGUCGAUCAGGUUGUGAAUGUAUGUGGCGACAAUAUCAUAGAGUGCAGGAAGAGACACAUCCGAGAAGAAGCGGCGGCUUGGGAGAGUGUAACGUGGCUCAAAGUGUGCUAUUAACUUACGUAAACCCGGGUUCUCAACGACGGAAAAAGGCUGGUCGUCGACCGCUUUGAACUCCAUCACUUUGUCGUUAAUGGCUUUAGCCUUUUCGCUGUCUCUUGAGAAGCUUUUGCAGUUUUGAAACGCCUGCUGAAUGGGGACAUCGAUCCUCCGUAGUGUUGUUGUCUUAGCUUUAGUACCGCUAGCAGCUUCGGCGGCUGCCUCAUAGUCUUUUAAUACCGCUUCGCCGCGAUGGCAACUUUUCAGAUGAGCUAUCAGAUUCGUUGUGUUAAAACUUGACGUCUUCUUUCCUCCUCUCGGAAUCCUCGCUGAACAGGUUUUGCAUAUAGCAAUGCUGUUGUCAUCUUCUGCCACUGAGAGAAACGACAAUGCUGGUGAAGACAUUUUAUUAUCUGUCAGGUAGUGACGGGGUCAGGCUUGGGACCUGCGAGUAAGGCGCGAUAGAUGACGUAUCCAGCGUGUCUCGGACGGGCGGCUACUCCGCCUGCAAACGUUACUCGUAAUUUCAUUAAUAUAUCGGAUCUUUCUAUCGGAAAAAUGCACCUAUCGGACCGAUAAAAAAUGACGUAAUUUUCCCCCAAAUCGGCCGAUAUUUUAUCGGUCCGAUAAAUAUCGUGCAUCCCUACUCUGGUCUUGACAAAUAGAUGUAACUAAUAUCAGUGUGAAUAAUAAUUGAUGACAAAGUGGCACCACACACUGAUAAAUGCACAUUUUACUGAUAUUCAUUAGUUAGCUGUUGGUAGGAUAACAAGUACGGUGGCUUUUGGGGGAGCGGGAAAAUUUCUCAGACCCCACAAGGACCCCUGUCAUAAUUUUCCUCUGAUGACACCAAUAUCUUUUGCACUUGUGAGCCUCAGACUGCAUAUUUUGUAAGAAGCUCCUGUGUUUGGUGCACUUCCUGUUUGUUAACAGGAAGUGAACCAAACUGCGACUUAUUUCAUUCACAUUCAACAACAUCACAGGGAAAUGUCCUUAAAAUGUCUGGAAUGCUAAAAUAAAGGUAUAUGAUACUUGACUUAGUAUUUAGCCUGACUACAUUGAAAUACUUGUUUUGGCCUCAUCAGUCUGUCUUGUGAACAUGGAUUCAGCCACAAUAGUGUUGAUGAAUUCAAGGUUUCUCUUCUCUGUUACUUUCCUUUUUACACACUGAAGGAGGAAUUCUUCUGUGUAAAUCAACUUUUUCAGCAUUAAAUCCGAUGAUUAUGUGCAAAGUGUCUCCCAGAUAAACUGAGGUGUCCUGUUCUUCUCUUCACAGCCAAAUACCCAGAAAUCAAGUCAUUGAUGGGUCCUGACCAAAGGCUGAAGUGGAUUGUAUGCAUGAUGGUGGCUAUACAGUUUUUAGCUUUUUACCUGGUCAAGGACUUGGACUGGAAAUGGGUUUUGUUUUGGACUUAUGCCUUUGGCAGCUGUAUCAACCACUCAAUGACCCUUGCUAUUCACGAGAUCUCCCACAAUACAGCGUUUGGGAACAACAAAGCCAUGUGGAAUCGCUACUUUGCCAUGUUUGCCAACCUGCCCAUCGGCCUGCCCUACUCUGCCUCUUUCAAACGCUAUCACUUGGACCAUCACCGCUACCUGGGUGGAGAUGGGGUGGACGUGGACAUCCCCACUGAGUUUGAAGGCUGGUUCUUCUGCACACGCUUCCGCAAAUUCAUUUGGAUUAUCUUGCAGCCACUGUUCUAUGCCAUCCGACCUCUCUGCAUUAAUCCCAAACCCAUCACGCAGCUGGAGGUGACCAAUGUAGCCUGUCAGCUCACCUUUGACAUCCUGCUGUACUGGCUGGGAGGGGCUAAGCCUCUGUUCUACAUGUUGGCCGGGUCCAUGCUGGGAAUGGGCUUGCACCCCAUCUCGGGUCACUUCAUAGCUGAGCAUUACAUGUUCCUUAAGGGCCACGAGACCUACUCCUACUAUGGUUCCUUAAACCUGCUCACCUUCAACGUUGGGUACCACAAUGAGCACCACGAUUUCCCCAGCAUCCCAGGACGUAGGCUGCCCAUGGUACAUAACAGUGGAGAGUAUUAUUACUCUCAAACACACACACAAACACGCACAUGGGAUGGAUGGAUUUGGUUUUCAGAAAACAUGUUCAAAUUAAACGUGCCAAGCCAGCGAGAAGGAGAGGUUGCUAAUUAAGUUAGAGGGUGGAUGGGCGCAGUGUAAGUUGUAGGGUGGAAUAUGAACUGCCCUAAAGGAGAGAUUAGACGUUAUUGUUGUGUGAUUGUGCUUCAGAGCUUAAGCACUGUGAAACAAGUGAACAUUGCUGCAGCCAGGGUCAUGCUCUGUCAUGCCCGUAGUGGCCUUUCUGCCCCACCAGUGCUUAGACAGCCCCAGAGGAUCAUGGAUCUCACCUCAUCACCCCUGUCAUAAUGACAGAGACAACUAUCAGCAGUAAAGAUAUGGCCCAGCACGAAAGAAAAACUAAACAUUGAGAAGCAAGACCAUAAAAUAAUCUACUGGUGUGUUAAGCUGUAAAAGGGCUCAAACUUGGAUACUUAAGUCCAUUUACUGCAUGUUCAAGUCCAACAACUCUAUCAACAUAAGGAGACUGUGUAAACAUUUAUAAAACAGGUUAGAUUGUUUGAUAAAAAAAAAUACUGUGUAUGCUCAUAAAAUCUGAUGCCAGCAACAGUCUGUACAGCAGCAGACCCAGAAUCCAUAAUUUCCAAAAAGAGUGUCAAAUCAUAAUUUGCCAGACCACAGUGCAGUUUUUAGUUCAGUGCAUCUUGAACCAGUCAGUGAUCACUUGCAGAGCUAAAAGAUUGGCAGCUACUUCAGGAUGAUCUGUUUCAAACAUGUGGGAAUAACCUUUUUUACCUUUUAUUGUUCACAGGUGAAGAAAAUAGCCGCAGAGUAUUAUGAUGAUCUGCCUCAGUACACAUCAUGGAUGAAGGUCCUGUAUGACUUUAUCAUGGACGAUGCACUGAGCCCAUACUCCCGGGUCAAGAGAAAGCUGAGGGGAGAUGUCAAACAGGAGUAACUUCAGCAUGGCUUCUCUGGAACCAAGCUGCAGCAUCCACCAUGACAGCAGCCCUGCUCACUAUCCUAGAGACUUAAUAGCUUCUGCAUAAUAAUACACUUAGCAUGUGAAAUAAGGCUGGAGAUUGUGUACAUUUGGGGGGGUUUGGUCGAGUGCUUGACCAGGUGAUGGAUGUUCAGCACCAGAGAUUUUUGAGUGUAAUUAUGGGCAGUAUCCAGGACUGGUUUUACAAUCACUUUGGCUUACCGGCCAUAUGAAACCAUAGACAUGGGUCCCACAGUCACCUGCUUAACCAUUCGGCAAAUGUUGAAACAAGACAGUCUUCAAAUGAACUUUGACUGCUGAUAUGAAACAGACUAACGAAAGUGUCACCAAUCAGAAUUGUUCAUAAGAACAUGUGUUUGUCCAAUCAGUCCUAGAAUUUCACAAGCUAACCAGCCGAACUGUCCACCACCAAGUCCAGGAACUGGACUACACAAUCUCACUGUAGUCUACUCCAGAGUUAGGCUGAAUGAACCCCUUCCAUUUGUGCUUUGCAGUUUAAGGUCAACACAGCAAAUUUGCCAUACAGCAUCACUUUGUGUUUGUGCGUGCGUGUGUGCGUGUUUCUGAGAAGACCGAAAGUGACCUGAGUAAUUUAACAUCCACCCCUAUAAACUGAGUGUGAUUCUGUCUGGUUUUUGAUUUAAUGGAGAGGCUCACUAUGUAAUGAAGAGGUAAACCCUUUUUAGCCUGUGACACUUGGUUACCAGUCUUCACUUCUCUACUUUUUAAUGUGCUGAAUUCAAGUGAUAUUUACAGCUGUCAUGCUAACUUGCACAGGCAACCACUGGUAAACUUAAAUUUAGCUGGUUUAGGAUUUUGGUGUAUGUGAGAGGGAAGUUUCAAGCCCAUGAGUGCCUCAGCUCCUUUCCUUUCAAUUCCAUGUUUGUAGUCUUAAUUAGAAUUUUAUGAAUUUAUUCACAUUUGUGAAAAACUAAAUGCCAAAAAAUGUCCUUUUUCCAAAACCUAUUUAUUUGGAUCACUUUGGAGCUAAUAUCAGAAAAGACUAAAAAAAGAUGAUCACCUCUGGGCAAAUUAGUCCAAGUUUUGAGACGAUGUUGAACAUGUUUUCUGUCGGAGGUGCUCAAAAUAAACUCAACUGUAAUCAUGGAG